ACCUCACACCUAAAAACACACGGAGAGAGAGAGAGAGAGCUGGAGCAGUUGUCUGUCUGUGGUUCUUUGUUUCAUUCUUUCCUUCACAUCUGCUAGUGCUGAGUGCUUUAUCAUCUCAGUUAUUUUUUUUCUUCCUUCCUGACUUCUGGAGCGUGACUCAAUGCAUUUUAUCCAGAAUUUGAACCAGAGGAACUAAUGUGAGGGCAGAGAAAUGGGAUCAGACGAGGCCUACAACUUUGUCUUUAAAGUGGUUCUCAUAGGGGAAUCGGGCGUAGGCAAGAGCAACUUGCUUUCACGCUUUACUAAGAACGAGUUCAACCAUGACAGCAGGACCACUAUCGGUGUGGAGUUCAGUACGAGGACGAUGGAUCUGAACGGCCUCACUAUUAAAGCUCAGAUUUGGGACACAGCCGGAUUGGAGCGGUAUCGUGCCAUCACCUCGGCUUAUUAUCGUGGUGCUGUUGGAGCGCUGCUAGUUUACGACAUUUCAAAGCACCUGACCUACCAGAGUGUCGAACGCUGGCUGAAGGAACUUUACGACCAUGCCGAUCCCCAAAUUGUGGUCAUGCUCGUUGGUAACAAGUCAGACUUGGCAUCGGUACGAUCUGUGCCAACUGAGGAUGCAAAGAAUUUUGCAGAAAAGAACGGAUUGCUUUUCAUGGAAACCUCCGCGUUGGAAUCAACAAACGUCGAGGCCGCUUUCAACAACGUCCUCGCGGAAAUCCACAAGAAAGUAAACAACAAAGAGGUGACCCGUGGCUCAAUCAGCGCCGUGUCACUGUCCAAUCCCAACGCGGCAACCACCGAAGCUCAGGAUGAGAAGAAACCCUGCUGUAAAAACUUAUAAGAAGGAAGACAUGGAGAAGAUAAAGGAGUGAAGAGGACCACACUGAGUCUGGUGGGACACAGUGCUGUCUGUCCGGUGAUAACUCCAAACGAACCACUGUUUGCUGACUGACGUGGCCAUAUGUAUUUCUUUGUGAGGGUCGCUAUUGUGUUGCUAUCACGAGAAAGUAUUCUUGUGCAUGAUUUUUAAUUUUUUUUGGCUGAAAUUGCUUUCUUAGGUGUUGUUCCUGUCGUCUCUUCCAUGCACGCAAGCAUUUCUUAGUUUUGUUUUUAGUUAGUUUUAUUUCAUUAUUUAUGAAAUAAUGUCACCAUGUCCUUUAGCAUUUGUUUCGUAUGAUUGUCAGAUAUAAAUGUGACAUAUUGACGAUAUUGUCUCAAACUAAACGUUGUCAGACAACACGUAAAACUCUACACAACGUUUCAUGAAUUUUAUGAAUGAAUCUUCACCCAGUUCAGUCAUUAUUAUAAUAAGGACACAAGAUUUCUUUUAAUACUGAUAUUUUAAUCAAGUUUGAUAAAUAUACUGGACUGUAAAGAUGAUGAUUAAUAAAUUGAUUACAUACC